AUGCUCUCUUCGAACAUCAAGGGAGUAAUCAAUGGUUUCCCUCUCCGAAUCGAAGUAGAAAAAGUCGUCGAGAAGCAAGUCGAUUUCAAUCCUGAUUUCCUCAAGAACAUGUUCUCCAAGAUCGAUUGGAAAGCCCUAGCCGACGCUUCAAAGAUCAUGGGAUACGCCGAGCUCCCUGAAGAAGUCCCCGACGCGUCGGUGCUUGAUUCCGAUGAGUUUUUGCAGAAAUUCCACCACGCACUUCUUGAACUUCACCUCGAGGAAGGCGCACUCGUUUGCCCGGAGACCGGCCGCCGGUUCCCUGUUAACAAGGGGAUACCUAAUAUGCUUCUCCAUGAAGAUGAGGUGUGA